CAAUGAUAUUCAAGGCACUUGCGGCUCGUCUGCAGCGAUAGGAGAAAAAGAGGAGAGAAAGAGAGAACCUCACCUCCUCAAACAGCGAGUGAGGUAGGGAAAAAGAGACAGAAAGACACAGACGGAGAGCAAGAGAAGAGGCUGUGGAGUAAAAGCAAAGGCUGCAGCGGCUUGGACCUCCAGCGAGGAGUGUUGAAUUGUCUGCGCUUCAUUGUAAAGUGUCUAAUUUCCACACAGAUUCGACAUGUCAUCGUCCGGUAAAGACAACAGCGGUGCCCAACAUGCCAAUUACGUGGGACCUUACCGUUUGGAGAAGACGCUCGGGAAAGGACAGACAGGGUUGGUCAAGCUCGGAGUCCACUGUGUAACAUGCCAGAAAGUCGCCAUAAAGAUUGUCAACCGUGAGAAGCUCAGUGAGUCAGUACUAAUGAAGGUGGAACGAGAAAUAGCUAUUCUGAAGCUCAUAGAACACCCGCACGUUUUAAAGCUACACGAUGUCUAUGAAAAUAAAAAAUACUUAUACCUCGUGCUAGAACAUGUGUCUGGUGGUGAGCUGUUUGACUACUUGGUGAAGAAAGGCAGGUUAACACCUAAAGAGGCCAGGAAAUUCUUCAGACAGAUCAUGUCUGCUCUGGAUUUUUGCCACAGUCAUUCCAUAUGCCACAGGGAUCUGAAGCCUGAGAACCUGUUGCUAGAUGAAAAGAACAACAUCAGGAUAGCAGACUUCGGCAUGGCCUCCCUUCAGGUUGGAGACAGUCUGCUGGAAACCAGCUGUGGAUCUCCACACUACGCCUGUCCGGAGGUCAUCAGGGGAGAGAAGUAUGACGGGAGGAAAGCAGACGUCUGGAGCUGUGGGGUCAUUCUUUUUGCCCUAUUGGUGGGUGCCCUGCCGUUUGAUGACGACAACCUGAGGAAUCUGCUAGAGAAAGUGAAGUUGGGGGUGUUUCACAUGCCACACUUCAUCCCUCCAGACUGUCAGAACCUCCUCCGUGGCAUGAUUGAAGUGGAUGCCUCCAAAAGACUAACGUUAGAACAGAUCCAGAAGCACACAUGGUACAUAGGGGGGAAGAACGAACCAGAGCCAGAGCAGCCUGUGCCCAGGAAGGUGACCAUCCGCAGCCUGCCCUCUGCAGAUGACAUCGACCCAGACGUACUGGACAGCAUGCACUCCCUGGGCUGCUUCAGAGACAAAAACAAACUGCUGAAAGACCUGCUGUCAGAUGAUGACAACCAAGAAAAGAUGAUCUACUUCCUUUUACUGGACCGUAAGGAAAGGUACCCCAGUCAGGAGGACCAGAACCUUCCCCCUCGGAACGAGAUUGAUCCUCCAAGGAAGCGGGUGGAUUCUCCCAUGUUGAACCGUCAUGGCAAGAGGAGACCAGAGAGGAAGUCCAUGGAGGUCCUCAGUGUCACAGACGGAGGCUCACCUGUACCAGCCAGGAGGGCCAUCGACAUGACGCAGCAUGGACAGAGGUCGCGGUCUAUUAGUGGAGCCUCCUCUGGCCUCUCCACCAGCCCCCUCAGCAGCCCACGGGUUACCCCUCACCCCUCCCCUCGAGGCAGUCCCCUCCCCACCCCAAAGGGCACCCCGGUGCACACUCCCAAGGACAGCCCGGCUGGGACCCCCACCCCAACACCGCCCCCCAGCCCUUCCAUUGGAGGCAUGCCUUGGAGGACGCGCCUCAACUCCAUCAAGAACAGCUUCCUGGGCUCCCCACGCUUCCACCGCAGGAAACUCCAAGUUCCCACACAAGACGAGAUGUCCAGUCUCACACCAGAGUCUUCCCCAGAACUUGCCAAAAAAUCCUGGUUUGGUAACUUCAUCAACCUGGAAAAAGAGGAGCAGAUCUUCAUUGUCAUCAAAGACAAGCCUCUCAGCUCCAUCAAGGCAGACAUCGUUCAAGCCUUUCUCUCGAUCCCCAGCCUGAGCCACAGUGUGAUCUCUCAAACCAGUUUCAGAGCAGAGUACAAGUCCACAGCGGGCCCUACAGUCUUCCAGAAGCCGGUCAAAUUCCAGGUGGAUAUCACCUACACAGAGAGCACAGCCGCCACCAAGGAAAAUGGCAUCUACUCUGUCACCUUCACCCUGCUCUCAGGACCAAGCCGGCGCUUUAAGCGAGUAGUGGAGACGAUUCAGAGCCAGUUGUUAAGCACACAUGACCAGCCUGGUGUCCAACAGCUGUCUGGCAGCCCAUUGAGUAACUUCUUUGACGUAAUAAAACAACUUUUUUCAGACGAGAAGAACGGACAGGUGCCCUACCCCUCUGGCACGCCCUCCAAGCACUGCCCCUCGCCCAUGCACGUCCGGAGGCACGAGCCAGAAAAUAAUGACACCAAAUGCCCCGCUGCGGGCCGAGACAGACCCAAGUUGUCGCUGGCAUCUGUGGGGACACAGGAGGAGUCUUAGACUGAGGAGCUGUGUAGUCGAGCCAGUGCUAAAACCCAUCCCAGUAUCAUUAUAAGCCAGGGGCACGGAGGGAAAAUUCUCUUUGUGCAUAGCUAGAUGUAUAUACUCAUUUAUGGACAUAUGUUUUGUAUAAAAUGACUUUAUAUAGAUAGAAAUAUAUUGAGAGAAUCAAAGUGAUAUUUUACAAAAAGCAUACUGCACCUACAUUACAAACACACAAUCUUGUUCCUCCACUCCCCUUUUCAUCACCCCUCAAUGUCAACCAUCCUCAUCCACCCCUCUACACCAACCAUCAUCGCCUGUGGCCCUUGCUCUGUUUUUUGCUCCCUUGCUGCUAACAUGUGUGAUGACCUGACUUGUUUCUGAUACCAGGAAUUAUCCAGAAAACCUAUUAAGUCCCUCCUCCUGCUCCCUGCUCCGCUCGCCCUCCCUCGACCACCCCUCCACCCCCCUGAGCGUGCUGAGAGAGACGGACAUUUGUUGACGGAGGACUGCUUUUAGAGGUGCGCUAAGAGGGUGGAGGGUUACCAUGGAAACAGACCCUUCAUGCAGACUUCUACCUUCAUCUCCCUCUGCGCCCCUUCUCCACCUCUGGCAGCCAUCAGUAGAAGUAGAUGGAAAUACCUUAAGUGUUCCCCCCCCAUCCAAGAAACACACAAACACACACACACAUGCACAACUAAUCCACACACACGCCAGCGAAACAAGAACGCACACUCCCCUCGCCAACCCCGACCACCUUCCUUUCUUUGUGCUCAAGGAGCAUUCAUUAAUUGGAAACUAGCAUUUUACAAAAAGACACUGCAUACACACAACAUAUACAUGCAUACAUGCACAGGUCCAGUAUGCACAAAAAACUCUGGGAUGUAUUAACAAGAACAUGAACAACACCAACAAUAAAAAAGAAGACAUGCAGAAUCACUGACUGAUUCAGAGGAGGAGAGAAGGAGGAGGAGUUUUGUGGAAAGCCCAAACAGCCGACGCGGAUGCUUGCUGGAUUGUAUUUCUUUGCUUUUUAAUGUACUUUCUUUGUGAAGAACUGGGUUUAAAAUACUAACUGACUUUAUUAGAAUUAACUCUAUUGCUGCAAACGGACUGGAAUUGUGAUUUCAGAGAGGAGUAGGGUGUGAGCUG